AUGAUUGAGUGCAAGCCUUUAUCGACUCCAAUUGAAGCAAACGCCAAGAUAUGUGCUCAAGAUGACAAAGACUUGGAGGAUGCAACUAUGUACAAGCAGCUGGCCGGAAGCCUAAUCUACCUAACCCUAACACGGCCAGACAUUUCAUAUGCAGUGGGGAUUGCAAGUCAAUUCAUGGAGAAACCAAAGAAGCCACACCUCGAGUUAGUCCGGCGCAUACUAAGCAAUGCAGUCGCUUUCCCUGUGGGGGCAGAGUUCCCGGAGCUCAAACUCAAUUCCAUUUACUUCACGGAUGUGGUUGAUGGUUUAGAGAUGGAGGACCACACGACUAUCGGGCACGGUGCUUGGGUGUGGGUCUACUACAAGCUCAAGCCGCGCGUCAAGGCCGCCGGCCACCAGUUCACACCGCUCAGCCUAGCGGCCGCCGGCAAUAGCCCCAAGAAGCUGGAGGAGGUCCGGACGCUGCACUACACCAAGCCGCUGCUCGAAUUCCUGGACUGUGUCCCCGAGGGCGAAAAGGUAUUUUUGGCAGGGCACAGUGGAGGAGGAUACGCGGCCGCCUACGGCAUGGAGAAGCACCCGGGGAAGAUCUCGGGAGCCGUAUCCUUGAACGCCCUCAUGCCCGACACCAAGAACCGCCCGUCCUAUGUCAUCGACGAGGUAUAUUAG